UCGGGUAGCUGCCAACUGCUCUGCUCGUCGUCGAGUGGAACGGACAAAAAUCAUUAGAAUGAGUCGCCUGAUCCUGCUGGCCGGCCUGCUGGCCGCUUGUUACGCGGCGCCUCAGUACCCCGGCAGUGACUACCUGCCGCCCUGCAAAGCAGUGGUCGACGUCACCUCAGUCGCGUACGUGACCAAAACCUCAAAGUAUGAGAAGGUCAGCACCCUGAUCCAGCCGAAGGCUAUCACCAGCUACAAGACCGAGACCAAGGUGGUGCCGCAGCUGGUGACGCGCACGGUCGUGGUGACCGAGACGGUGCCCGUGACCAAGACGAGCAUCAGCACAGUCACGGAGGCCCAGACGAGGCAGCUCAUCAAGACCCAGGUUGGCGAUGCCGUGACGCAGGUGCAGACGAUUUCGAGCACAACGGAGGUGGUGACCACCAACUACGUGACCCGCACGAUCACGGCCACGAAGGUGCUGACUUCCACUGUGGUGCAGACAGUGACGCGCACCAUCACCGAUCAGGCGACCGUCACACGCACCAACACCGUCGUCAAGACCAACGUCGUGACCAGCAGCCUCCCUGACCAGGUCUCGAUCAGGACAAACAUUCUCACGCGGAUAAUCACGUCCACCAAGGUGGUGCCUGGUCCGACGGUCGUCAACACCAUCACUCAGACCAAGACCGAGACGAAGGAGACUGCCGUGCAGCAGCCGGACAAGACCCAGGUCAUCACCACCACUCAGACCGUAAUCAAGACGAACCGCGAGGAGGUCACGCAGACGGUGAGAAGCACCAUCGUCUCCACCCAGGUCCAGAUCAAGACGGUCACGCAGACGUCCACCGUGACGUCGGUGCAGCAGCGGGUGGUCAGCGACACGAAGAACGUGCAGGUGACGGUCACGCAAACCCAGCAGAGCUUGGUGACGCAGGUCGUCACCAGCACCGGCUACGAGACGGUGGCUGUGACGCAGACGAAGAGCGAGCCAGGAAAGACGGUGGUGCAGACGUCCGUCCAGCUGGUGACGGCCACGCAGCAGCUGCCUGGUGCCACCAAGACCCAGCUGAGCACGUCCAUCGUGGACAGGACCUCCACCCAGACGAAAGUGGUCGUGAAGUCCGUGGUGGAGACCAGCUACGAGACGAAAACGGUGAAGGCACCUUGCGGCUACGACUACUCCGAGCCGGAGAAGAAGUUCGACUUCUAGACGGCUCCGGUACCCGAGGAGCGUCUCUGAUUUGGCUGGGGUAAUUGUCCGACAACGAUUGGCGCCGGCAGGGGGAGUGACUGCCAAAUGACGCCUUGUUGCACUUAAAUUAUUGUCAUGUGGUCCGGAACAACCAGGCACAUAUUCAACGUGGGUGUAUGAAAGCAACUGUGGAGCAGCAUGUUUGAGUGGGGCAGAAGUGUAAUAAGACGACCGUGUGCAACAGA